CUGAAAACUUUUGUUUUAGCCAUCGAAUUGAAUUUGCUUAAUUUUUUUGCUUAAUCAAAAAACAAAAUCAUUUGAAAAAAAUGACAAAUCCAAAUACAAUUCUUAAACAACAAAUUCAAUCUUGUACACAGGGUAAUCCUAAAGAUUUUAUCGAAAACUUUUGUAAAGUUCUUGAUCAAAUUUUCAAUGAAAAUGGUAUCGAUCUAUUGGAUAAUGUUAAAUGUUUUGUUGAUGAAAUUGUCCAUGAAUCAUUUCCAUUGGUUAAUUCACGUACAGUUUUGAAAACAUUAUUCGAUAAAAUUAUUAUGCUGUCGGAUGAUCAAAUUUUAACAUUAUUACGUUAUAUAUUGGAUAAAUUAAAUUCACGUGCACUUUCAUUUGAAGAUCAAGUUGUUUUCAUUCGACAAACAUUAUCACAAAUUUAUGAACGUAAAAAAAAUUAUUCCGAAGCUGCUGAAAUUCUUGAACCAAUACCAUUGGUAAAUGGACAAAAAGAAUAUCCAACAGAUUUUAAAAUUGAAAUCUAUUUACGUAUUGCUAAAUUAUAUCUAGCUAAUGGUGAUAAAGAAAAAGCUGAAGGUUUUAUUAAUCGUGCUAGUAUGUUACAAUCGGAUGUUAAAAAUGAACAACUUAAAAUACAAUAUAAAUUAUGUUAUGCUAAUUGUAUGGAUUAUAAAGGAAAAUAUUUGGAUGCAGCACAACGUUAUAUUGAAGUAUCGAAUAAAUUUUUCAUCAGUGAAGAAGAACGUUAUGAAAUAUUAAAUAAUGCUAUAUUAUGUACAAUGUUAGCUGGUGCUGGUAAACAUCGUUCAAGAUUAUUGGCAAUAUUAUUUAAAGAUGAACGUUGUCAACAUUUACCAUCGUUUAAAUUUUUAGAAAAAAUGUACCUUGAAAAGAUUAUCAAAAAAAAUGAUUUAGAAUUAUUUGCAACAAUGAUUAAACCACAUCAACAAGCUAAUCGUUCAGAUGAUACAACCGUAUUGGAACGUGCCAUUAUUGAACAUAAUCUUUUAUCUGUAUCAAAAUUAUAUAAAAGUAUUACAUUCAAAGAAUUAGGAACAUUAUUAGAAGUUGAUAUUGUAAAAGUGGAAAAAAUUGCAUCACAAAUGAUAUUUGAAGAUCGUAUGUAUGGACAGAUUGAUCAGAUUUCCAAUACAAUUGUAUUUGAACAAACAAAUAGCCUGAUUACAUUUGAUAAACAAAUUGAAACAAUUUGUUUCCAGGUAAACGAUGUUGUCGAUUCUAUACAACAAAAAUAUCCUGGUUGGAUUGAAAAAAGUAUUGAAAUGUCUUGAAACAACCGGAAAUAUUUCAUUUCAAAAUGUGUUUUUUUUUCAAUUUUAUUUUUGUCAAUUACAAAAUAACAGAUUUUUCUUUUC